AUUUUUGUCUAACGUCCGACAACCGUAUCCAGCAUCCAACAUCCGUGUCUAACGUCCGACAACAGCAUCCAACUAGCAACAUGUCUGUCAGCCAGUGCCGCCAGAACUUCCACCAAGACAACGAGGCUGGCAUCAACCGCCAGAUCAACAUGGAACUCUACGCCAGCUACUGCUACAUGUCCAUGGGUUCGUACUUUGAUCGUGACGACGUGGCGCUGCCAGGGUUCGCCAAGUACUUCAAGAAACUCUCGGGAGAGGAGAGAGAGCAUGCGCAGAAGUUCAUGUCCUACCAGGUGAAGCGGGGAGGACGAAUUGUCCUGCAGGACAUCAAGAAACCGGAGCGUGACGAGUGGGGAAGUGGUCUAGAAGCCAUGCAUGUCGCCCUACAGCUGGAGAAGAGCGUGAACCAAUCCCUGCUGGACCUGCACAAGAUUUGUCUCGGACAUGGGGACGCCCAGAUGGCCGACUUCCUGGAGUCCGAAUACCUGGGCGAGCAGGUCGAGUCCAUCAAGGAGCUGAGUGACCACAUCACCAACCUGAAGCGCGUGGGGUCGGGUCUUGGCGAGUACAUGUUCGACAAGGAAUCGCUCAGCUAAGGCCGUCGUCAGCCUUGACCUAUUGACCCUUGACCUGUGCCUGUAGCUAGACAUUGUUCCAUGUUCUCUCUAGUGAAAUAACGGACAAAACAAAAUCGUUUCACCUGCCACACUAGUCACGUGACCUGAAAUUACCUGCAAGACCAGUGGCCUAGAACUUACACCCAUUCAACGUAGUUUUAAUAUUCCACGGAUUUUAAAGCCGCAUUUUUCAAUAUUCCAAAAUAUAGUUGUAUAAAAACGCUGUAUAUAUUUAUAUUUUUUACAACGUUGUUGUUUCUAUUUAUAUGUUGUUAUUGUAACAAGGGUCAAAGUGUUAAUAAAAUUAUUAAAACUUU